AUGGCAGGCUGGUUUGGAAAGGCAGCGCCCGCUCGGGUGCAUACUGAUACGGUCGCGCCAAUGCGCUACUUCGAUGACAGCAUAGCUCAAGGUGAAAUCGAAUAUCAUUUACCAGCAGAGUUCACACCAGAGAGACCAGCAGUCGCAUUCUCGCAAGUUCAAACUGGCAUGGCCAUUGCUGCACAUCCGGUCGCAUCCCAGCUCCCACGCGCACACGGAAACAGGCCAAUAAUUGCAGGAGACCCGGAACUAUUUACAAGCCUUGUACGACCUGAGGGCAUGCCUACCAGCAUAAAUGACUGGCUGACACAGGAUCGUGGCCUGCUCGGUCUCCAUGUGGUCUCGUUUACGGACGCAACGAUCGUGGUCUUUUACUUUAACCACACCACCUUUGAUCUCAUGGGAUGGGGAGCUCUCAUGACGGCUUGGACACAUGUACUUCACGGGCGCGAGCAUCUGGUGGCCAAACCGUUUGGCGGCGACCCUGGCUCGACCGGCUUUGAUCAGCUCAAGGACUUGGGCACGAAUCCCACGGAGCCUCACGUACUGGCGCACAAGCAUAUGAAAAUUGGUAGCCUAAUUGGCUACGGCGUUCGUAAUGUGUUUGAUCUAGCUUUCAAAGCCAAGGAGAAUCGUAUCGUGUGUAUCCCAGGGGCAUUCAUCGACAAGCUGAGAGCUCGGUCAAUGGCAGAGCUCAGCGCGGCUGCAGAACCAGGCGCCACUCCGUUUCUAUCGGACGCCGACGUUUUGGCUGCCUGGUGGGCACGGCUGGCUGCUUCAACCAGUCAAAGCCCAGACUCGGAGCGUACCAUUAGCAUCCAAUACGCAGCCAGCGCCCGCAAAGCGCUGGGGAUGUCGGUUGAUUAUUCCCGAGACCCCUAUCUCAGCAAUCUGUUCACGAUGCUCUACACCAUCAUGCCGGCCCGAGAUCUGAUCAACAAACCAGUCAGCCACACGGCCAAGGAGAUCCGACGGUCGAUUGUAGAGCAAGGGACGCGAGAACAGGUCGAGUCAUACUAUGCGAUUCAGCGUCAAACUCCGGGAAAAAUGUUGCCAUUCAUGGGAGACGCUGGCAUGCACGCCGUGCUCAUGUCCAACUGGGGCAAGGCCAAUCUGUAUGCUCACGACUUUAGCCCCGCUGCCUUGUUUAGUGAAGAUCGAGGAAAGGCGCAAUAUCCAAGCUACAUACAGGCGACACAGGUGCCAUUCAACUAUCCCGAGGGUUUCCUUGUGAUUGGACAAGACAUGCAAAAGAACUACUGGCUCUACGGAUUUCGAAUGGCUGGUCUCUGGGCCAAGGUUGAAAAGGAACUUGCAGAGUUGGACGUCUAG